AUGUUCAUCGGUCGAUUGUUAACGUGUCCAAAGUCAUCUACUAUUCAUCUUCAACGAAUACUUUCUGUCAGAUCUGUUCUUCAACCUCGUCGUUUAGUUAAAUUUGCUGUUGGUACUACACUUCUCACCGGUGCUGGUUUCCUAUCCUAUACAGUCUACGAAUCUGGAUCGGAAUGGGAGAAGAUUCGUCGAACAAGUUAUUUCUGGUCUCACAUGAUACCGGUAUAUAUUCAUUAUCGCUAUCAACAGUUUUAUUUCAAAUUAUUUCCUGCGAAAACUCCUGAAGAAGAAGAUCAAGUCUGGUUGAAUUUACAUAAUAAAUACUGUGAUUAUGUAUUGAAUGUCGUUCUUCAUCAACGGGGUGUUUAUAUUAAACUAGGACAAAUUGCUUCUACUCGACCUGACAUUAUCCCGAAACCCUAUCUAAAGAAAUUUGCACAAUUACAAGAUGGUGUUCCACCUCAGUCCGGUGAGUACGCUAAACAAAUGAUCGAACAAGCUUUUGGUAAACCUUUGGAAGACAUCUUCUCCGAAUUCAAUCCAAACGCUGUAGGCGCUGCUACGAUCGGACAAGCGCAUGAAGCUCGUCUGAAACGGUCCAAUAAGGAAGUUAUUGUGAAAAUUCAGUAUCCUGAAGUGCGAAGAUUGUUUGAAUUAGACUUUUCAACGUUGAAGAAGUUCGUUCGAUUAGCUCAACCGGAACAUUUACCAUUAUUUGAUGAGUUCGAAAAGGCGUUUCAAAUUGAAUUCGAUUUCCGACGAGAAGCUAAAGCUUUGGAUGUGAUCGGUCGAAAUAUAAUGCCGCGCUUUCCAAAUGUUGUCAUUCCUCGUCCAAUUCCUGACAUGGCAACUGAGUUUGUUCUAGUCAUGGAAAAACUAGAUGGAACCAAACUCAUCGAUGCACUCAAAGCUGAACAAGCAAAGAUGGCUGCUGCACAAGGAAAAACUCUGGAAGAAUUUGAACAAGAAAUGAUGGCGAAAUAUCUUUCCGGUGAAUUGUAUCGUCAAGCUAAAACAAAAUACACACCUUCGGCCUUCGUCGUUAACGUAUAUGCAUCAUUAAUACAUACGAUUAAUCGUUUGAAGAACGUGUACAUUUACAUUUAUAAUCAUUUGAUGAUUCCUUUGUUCAAACAAAAACCGAUGGAGUACAUUGAACAACGAGUUGUCAUUAAUCCACAUGAAAUACUUGAUUUACUCAAUGAGGUUCAUGCUCAAGAGAUCCUUCUCGAUGGAAUUUUCAACGGUGAUCCACACCCGGGAAAUAUUUUUCUCUUGAAAAAUGGGAAAAUCGGUUUAAUUGACUUUGGCCAAGUACAAGAACUUUCUCUAUCACAUCGUCUUAAAUUAGCGAAAUUGAUUGUUUUACUUGCUGAAGGAACGAAGGAGGAAAUCAUCGAGCAUUAUAUAUCCAUGGGUGUCCGUACACGACACAUGAAUCGAUAUGUCAUUGAAAAAUUAGCUCGACUCGGAUUUGAUCGCGAUGAUCCAGAAAUUUGUGAGGGUAAAAAUGCACAAAUCUUCUUUGAACAACUAGGAAAAUUAGAUGAAGUGAUACAGUUACCUGAAGGCUAUCUGAUGGCAGCAAGAGUUGGAAUGUUGUUGCGAGGUUUGGGUACUUGGUUACAAUUACCUCAUUCAACUGCUCAAAAAUGGGCACCCGUUGCAAAACAAUUGUUAAACACGUAUAAAGAUACUAAUGAACAGUCAUUCACAAGUGCUCUAUGA